AUAUUCUCCCCCGGUCUCAUCACUUGGUGCCAUUUCUUCUAUCUCCUGCUCUCUUCAGUCUUCUUCUGAAAUUAGAUAGCUAGCAAUUUGGUUUGAAACAAGAGAAAAGAAAAGAUGGGAAUGGUGGUGGUGAUCUCUCUGCCUUUUAUUCUCUUCACCAUACUGCUUGGUUUCGGGUGUUACUUCUUCGGAAGGGCGAGAGGCCGAAAGGAGGCGAUGACGAGUCCUCAAGUUUAUGGGGUGCCAACUCCACCUCCAGGAGCAGCUAAUACCACUUCACACCCUUCAUCUCCUCAGACACAUCCUUAUUUCAAGCCAGACAACUCCGCCAAUGUUUAAACCUUCCUUUGUUCUUCAUCAAGCUAUAGUAUACCUUGUGCAGCCCAUAUUGUGUGGUUUUUGUUGUUAAUAUAUUAUGUGUGAAUUUUGAGCUAUGAUAGGAAGAGGGUAAAUCCCCCAAUUGAGAAUGUGGCCGGAUAAGUGGCUUGGUGUAUAUUUAUUUGUUGCGACUUGAAUCAAUAACUGUUGGAAAAUUUAUUCUUUCUUGUGUGGUAGUGU